AUUACCCAUACGACACCGCUUUUACAUCAUCAUAACAUCAGGAAAACAAAAACGGUCACCGCCUACGCAAGCAAUGACCAUUGACCACAAAAACACGUCAAAACGUACCUAAUUUUCUUCUCAUACAUUCCGAUUUCCAUGGUGGUCGAAUUGCCGCCACCAUUUUUUGACGCUUUCUCUUCCAUAAUCCACACCUACCUACUCUUCUUGUACACACCUUUGCCCUACUCCUAAGCAGCCAGCAAUACCAUUCAAUAUCACUCUCAUAUUCUUCCGCCUUUAUUGGCAUUUCGUUGCGUUUUUCAGGUGAUUUUUACUUUGCCAAAUUCACGAAAUUAGGUUAAUUUUGUUCUCGUUUGAUGGAAGGAACUAGGAGUACUCCGCCGACUUGGAUAAAUACUACGGUGGCAGCGAAAAGGGUCGAGUUUGAUGGGAAUAUGGAUAAUUUGGCAUCAAAGGAAGAUUUUGAUGAUGAAGAGAGUAGAAAUUCCCAAACUAAAACCCUAAAUUUGUCUGAUAUAAAAUUAGGUUUAGGAGAGCGCGCUUUUUCUGCUGCUGGUGCUGCUGUUAUCUCUGCUUUAAUUGUUAACCCUCUCGACGUUGCCAAGACUAGAUUACAAGCGCAGGCUGCUGGCGUUCCUUACCAAAAUCAUUGUGGCCCAACAUGUUCUGAAACAAAUAAGAUGUUUCCAAACCCGAGAGCUGCACAGCCACGCAAUAACAUUGCAUUAGCUGAUGGAUCAACAUGCUAUCCUGAAUGUUCACCAUACAAAGGGACUUUUGAUGUUUUCUCUAAAAUCACACGCCAGGAGGGAUUUUCUAGAUUGUGGAGGGGCACAAAUGCUAGCUUAGCCCUGGCCAUCCCCACUGUGGGGAUCUACUUGCCAUGUUAUGAUGUAUUGAGGAAUUUUUUAGAGGAGCUCACUCAACAGUAUGCCUCCAGUUUAAAUUCAUAUUCUCCUCUAGUAGCAGGAUCUGUUGCUCGAGUGUUGGCAUGCAUUACUUGUUACCCCAUAGAAUUGGCAAGAACACGCAUGCAGGCGUUUAAAGAAACCCAAGCUGGUAUAAAGCCUCCUGGAGUUUGGAAAACAUUACUUGGGGUAAUAUCUACUGACAGCAAUGCGAGUCGUUUAAAAAAGUUACAAAAUUAUCGUGUCUUGUGGACGGGGCUUGGAGCGCAACUUGCUCGUGAUGUUCCAUUCUCUGCUAUCUGCUGGGGAACACUUGAACCUACUAGGAGAAGAAUUCUCUCUUUGACCGGUGAUGAAAUGAGUGCAACAAGUGUUUUCGGUGCAAAUUUUGCUGGUGGGUUUAUUGCAGGUACCCUUGCUGCAGCUGCCACAUGCCCUCUAGAUGUUGCAAGAACUCGCAGACAAAUAGAGAAGGACCCAGCUAGACAAAUGAGGAUGACAACGAGGCAUACAUUAAUGGAGAUAUGGAGGGAUGGGGGUUUGAAAGGGCUAUUUACUGGAAUUAGUCCUCGUGUUGCCCGAGCUGGUCCUUCAGUUGGCAUUGUAGUAUCAUCUUAUGAGCUUAUGAAGUAUGCCUUGUAUCAUAGACACUUGAAUGGUAAAUGACCGAGGUACACUUCACAUUAUCUCUAUAUGGUCCAUGUCAACCCUAACUUUCAGCAAUUACUUGCCAGUUCAUCUACGAAGGAAUGACUAAUACUAUUGAAAGAACGAAAUUCUUUGAGUUGCAGAAGCAUGACUUUACUUCUUUUAGUGCAAAUUUUUUGAUACUGUUGAUUUAUUCUUCAAAAUAACUGUACCUAGCUUUGAGUUUUUUUCUUACUUUUGGUUUCAGUAAGGAUACAAAGUACAAUGUACAUAAUUACUGGAAAUAAAGCAUCUUAAAUAGUGAAAAUGGCAGUAAGUAUCAUGCA